GAUAUGUACCUUAGGGAAGAACCUCAGUGAGAGGGAGGGAAUCAGAGGACGAGUAGGAGCGUGUGUGCGAGUGUGUGAAAGAGACACUUACUCUCCUAACUACUGGGACACACACACUUUCCUCACCCAACUCAAAGAAGCAGCAAACCCUGGAGAGUUGUUAUUAUUUAUUUGACUUUUGUGCUUUCAUUUUAAACCCCAAAAUUGCUAAUUAUUCUCUCAAGUAUCCAUCUUUUUCCACCUUGAGACUUGCCUGCUGGGACUUAAUUUUCAACCCCUCUCUAGGAGUCCUAUGUACUGAUCAAUAGCAAUUUCCAUCCACACAAGACAUACCUCAUGGAUUUGUACCUGGUUGGAUAUCUCAUGUGCAUGUGGUUGUCCAGCUCUCGGGUGCUUGGAGGCUAUCCCAUCUGGUGGUCCCUGGCCCUUGGGCAGCAGUAUUCAUCCCUAGGAUCCCAACCCAUCCUGUGUGGCUCUAUACCUGGUCUGGUGCCAAAACAACUGCGCUUCUGCCGCAAUUACAUCGAGAUCAUGCCCAGUGUAGCAGAGGGAGUCAAACUGGGAAUCCAGGAGUGCCAGCAUCAGUUCCGAGGCCGCAGGUGGAACUGCACCACUAUCAAGGACAAUCUAGCAAUAUUUGGACCCGUUCUUGAUAAAGCCACAAGAGAGUCUGCAUUUGUUCAUGCGAUUGCCUCAGCUGGAGUGGCGUUUGCAGUGACCCGUUCAUGUGCGGAGGGGACCUCCACAAUGUGCGGCUGUGACUCCCAUCAUAAAGGCCCACCAGGAGAGGGGUGGAAGUGGGGUGGCUGUAGCGAAGAUGCAGAGUUUGGGGUUUUGGUGUCUCGAGAGUUUGCAGACGCUCGUGAGAACCGACCAGAUGCCCGGAGUGCCAUGAACAGACACAACAACGAGGCAGGACGGAUGACCAUCCUGGAAAACAUGCACCUGCGCUGUAAGUGCCAUGGACUGUCAGGUAGCUGUGAAGUAAAGACGUGCUGGUGGGCUCAGCCUGACUUCAGACUGUUGGGGGAUUACCUGAAAGACAAGUACGACAGUGCCUCGGAGAUGGUGGUAGAGAAACACCGGGAGUCCAGAGGCUGGGUGGAAACACUCCGGGCCAAAUAUGCCUUCUUCAAGCACCCCACAGAACGAGAUCUGGUGUAUUACGAGGGAUCGCCCAACUUCUGUGAGCCGAACCCGGAGACGGGCUCAUUCGGUACCCGGGACCGUGCCUGCAACGUGUCGUCGCAUGGCAUCGAGGGCUGCGACUUGUUAUGCUGUGGCCGCGGCCAUAACACACGGACAGAAAAGCGCAAGGAGAAAUGCCACUGCAUCUUCCACUGGUGCUGCUAUGUCAGCUGCCAGGAGUGUGUGAGGGUCUACGAUGUGCACACGUGUAAAUAAGUGCAGGAAGAAAGGGACUAGUGGACAUUAAAGGAUGGAAAAAGAGAGAAGGAGAGACAGAGACAGAGAAAAACACACACAAGAUAGCGGCACUUCUGUGGUCGAACCCUUUACUAAUGUGCCCUUUUUGAUCUACAUGCCCCAAAAGAUGCUGAUGGUGAGCAUCAUGGUUACUACUGCCAUUCCUCUCACUCUUUUUUCUGGCAUGCAUUACGUCUGCAAAAGACCAAAAUGCCUUGUUAUCAUUCAGUCUUCUUUAUCUGUAACACCAUCUCUCUGAUCAUCUUGGCCUGCUGCCCAAGGGCCGAAACUGGAUAUGUUCAAAUACAACCAAUGACAUUAGGCGCGUAUUAAAGAACAAGAGGAAGGGGGAAAGCACGACAGGAAAUUCUCUGUGAACUACUGAAUGCUGGGUCUGGAAACAAGCCCUGCUAUACUACUGAAUCCAAUGUAAUGCCCAUGUUUUUCCUCAUGAUUUCCAAUCGUAUUGUACACUCCUACCACAUUCCCUAUAAUCGUAUAUGUUCACAUCAUGGAACAUAUUGCUGUUUGCUUCAUAAAAACUCUCUCUUUUGUUUAUGCAGCUGUUCGGAGGGAUGCAAUUGAUAUAUUAGUAUAGGGGCAGAGCAAACAGGAAAAGACAUCAUGAGUACCUUCCGAUAUAAAAAAAAAAAGGAUUUUUGCAGAAUAUGAACAUGCAAAGUCAUCAGGGAUUCUCCUGGAUGAGUGCAUGACUGCAGAAUGCAACGACACACACUGGGCUCACGUGCACCCGACCAGUAAAAUUUGCACUUACAAAACUACUAAUGAGUAUAUUAAUUCUAGAGAUUACAGUGAUUAUUUUUUAACAUAUUCUUUUUGAUAAAGCUUCUCGUAUAGGACUGUGAAGGCUCAGUUUCAACACUUCCCUGUCGAGACGUUUGCGUAGAGGAAGGAGAACAAGCGCGCAGGAGGAGGAUAGUUGAGGAAAGAAAUAGGAGGGUAAAAAAAUUUAAGAGGGAAGUGGCAAUCCAAUUUCAUGAAAAAACAACUAGGUGGCGCUUGGUAUGAAUUUGUACGAUUUUAUAUGUAGGAUUUUUAGAAAAACAAAAGAAUGAGAGUCCGACCCUAAAUCUAAUAGUCAGUGGGCCGCUAUCAGAUCACAUGAAAACGUACGAAGGUCAUACAAAUGUAUACGAAGUAGCCACCAAUUUGCAAAUUGUCAUGAGAGUUUGUUUGCAAGUGGAGGACUGCUGCGGGUUCAAGUGUGUGAUAAAUGGAAGAAAGACCAGCUUCACAAAGCUGCAGCAGACUAGCGGAGGUUUCCAUAGGACAUGUUCUGACAUUCCCGUACGCUUCCCAUUAAUUAAGUUUAACUACACAACGCUAGUUUCACAUUCACACUGAUCCCUGAGGAGCCCGCUCACCAGUCACAUUUAUGCUCCCUUUCCCAUUUCUCCUUCCGCUAUAUCCAAAGUUUUGUACAAAGCCUUUAAAAGUUCAUAAUUCCCUUUUUAUUUUAUAAUCUGAAAAUGUUAUGUUUUUAUAAAUAUUAUUUAUUACACAAUGUAUAUAUCUGUAUGGCUGAACUAAGAUUAUAUAUUUGAAGAACAAACCACGUCUCAUGAUUUUGCUUUUAAAUGUAAGACUGACUCUUGCUUUGCUUGUAUAUGCUAUGUGUAGCCUCAAUUAUAUGAAUAUGAUGCGGAUAAUGACACUUUUAACAACAGAUUAUAAAAAUAAAGCAUAGCAUAAAAAUAAAAACACUGUGACAUUGGCACACAACUAGAUAAAGUGUUCAGUUUAGCUGAUCACAAUCAUCUGAUCUCAUGUCUGCAUCUACUCAGGUUUUCAGAUGGACCUCUGUUGUCUCCACUACAGUAGCUCUACAGAGUAAAGCAUGACACAAUGAACACUACAAAUACUGACUGAAAUAAAACCGACUUCUUUUA